AUGGUGCAACCACCUCCGGACCUAACACGUUAUGACGACAACGAUGAUACUGAUAGCAUGGGAACGAGCUUGGCUCAUCAGGAUAUGUCUCCGCCGGACUCCCCAUCCAGCUUGCGGGCAGCCUCACCACCACAUGCCCCUCCCCAACAACUCCACAAACCACUCACUCGAGUCCAAAGGGAACGCACCAGGGAGGCAUGGGCUUCACCUGAGCUUGCCGCUGGCCGCUCCAACAACAUCAGUCCACGGGCCUUUCACUCGCUUCGUGAUGUAAAUGUCAACCGAGGCCACUGGAUGGUGAUCGUUGCCUUCAUGCAGGAACAACAAAUUCAAGCCUAUGAUUCUGCAGGAGCCACCAACACACUGUUUCUCCAAGCUACCCUUCGAUACCUCGCCGAUGAGCAUCAACGAGUGCACAAUCGUGCCCUCCCCGUCCGAGAUUGGUCCCUUUGUGAAUCUACCCCUGCAACUCCUACACAACUCAACGGCUACGACUGCGGCGUCUUCACUUGUGCUUUCAUUGACUGCCUCCUGCGCAUGACACUCCAACCUUUUCUCAAGAGGACAUGA